AUGAAUCAUUCUGAGGAUCUAACCCUGCCCGAUUGGCAAUGUGAGAGAUGUAAUUUAUACUCACCACAGACAUCCGCCGCAUUGUAUUUAUGGUGCGCAAAAUGCGAAAAAAUUGUUUGCGCUUUGUGCAUUGGCCAAUGCAGCAAUGAAACUCAUCCGUGGAUGCCAGCGAGUGAAAUUAUCUAUGAACUGAAAGGAAGGAUCGUUUAUACAAGUGCGGAAAUGGUUAAGACUGUGGAAAAUAUGAAAAUCAUUGGUGAAGAUGCAAUGCGAUCACUUCACGGACUCAAUCAAAUUCUGACAGAACUGAAGAAACAAUGUGAAGGCAUAAAUGAAGUGUUCAACGUGUUGUCGGAUGCUUUAAUUGAACGGCGAAAUGCUGCUGAUAUACGUCGUACGGAAACAGAUGAGCAUUUGCCGUUUACAUCAACUCUGAUACGGAAAAUGAGAGCGGAAAUCGAAGAUAACAAAAACUUAGCUCACGAAGCAUCUGCUUUAAUUCUAUUAUUCAACAAUACUAUCAAACAGUCGGAUGAUAUUUGUAAGGAUGCUCGCAGUUUGAUAAAUUCACUUUUGCUGGAAGAGAGAGUUGGAGUGAAAAGAAAGGACGGUGCCAACAUUGAACUCGAAGAUGACAUUAUCAGUCACGAAUCAAACGGAAAUGCAUUCGGUGACAAUAUGCUUGAGGAUGAUGAAUACAAUGUCACAGUUCGUGAAGUUAAACGUGAAGAUGAGCGCAUGGAGGAUUCCGGAAAAACAGGUAUACUGGAUGAAACGGCCCCAAUGCAAUCAACGGGUACUGCUGUAAUGAAAACGAUUAGCACUGACAAAAUGUAA